CUUCGUCUAAUUUCCGGAUAAAUCAAGCACUAGGCCUUCUCUUGUUCACUUUAUCUUCUCGCUUGAAAAUCCGAUUGGGAGCCAAGGUUUCCUUCGAAGAUCCUCUUUUUCCUCUUGGCGAUCGAUCACUUGGAGUUUCGGCUUCUGCUUAAUACCCUGCUUUGUGGAAUUUGAGUAGGCGACACAAGAUGGGUACUCUGCAUGGACGUGCUAUUUGCCCUCCCCUUGUUCAUACAAAGCUUGCAGGCAAUGCUGUUCCUUUGUUGAGCGCUCCUAUAAUAAAGACUAGGAUGCUUAGAAGUGUAUUUAUUGGGACCAAAGGUAGAUGUGAGCAUGUAGUCAAUGGUGGAGUUGGUACUUUCUUCCGUCAGCCCAAAGGAAAGAGGAGGGUGACUGUCUAUUGUACCUUCAGCUCGUCUUCAAAUGAUAAUAAUGGGAGUACAGCAGGGAAUUUCAGAGAAAAUGAUGAAGAUUAUGUGAACUCCAGUGUGAUUGAAGCUGUUGAGGUGAGAAGUGGUUCUGAUGGUUUCUCAAUUAAAAUGCGUGAUGGAAGAAAUCUAAAAUGUGUUCACAACAAUCCACAAGGAGGACAUUUACCAGAUUAUUCGCCUCAUCCUGCUAUUGUUUUGAAGAUGGAAGAUGGAAGCGGCCUUCUUCUUCCUAUCAUUGUUUUGGAGAUGCCAAGUGUGAUGCUAAUGGCUGCAUUGCGAAAUGUUCCAAUUGCAAGACCAACUGUCUACCAAGUACUAAGUGAAAUGGUUGAAAAGAUGGGAUAUGAGGUGCAGCUGGUUAGAGUAACCAAAAGAGUACAUGAGGCAUAUUUUGCUCAACUCUACCUCACUAAGGUCGGGAACGAGAAAGAAUGCGUCAGCUUUGACCUCCGUCCUUCUGAUGCAAUUAAUGUGGCUGUGAGAUGCAAGGUGCCCAUCCAAGUCAACAAACAGCUUGCUUACAGUGAUGGGAUGAGAGUUGUUGAACCCGCCCAACAGGUGGUGCAAGUUCCGCUGUCUGAGGGAUUUUUAAUCACAGAACUUGACAGGCCCGAUGGCCAGUUUUGCAUUGAAGCCAAAGAAUUUGACCUGGUCCGUAACAUGUUAAUUGCUGCUGUUGAGGAAAGAUACAGAGAUGCUGCCCAAUGGAGGGACAAGCUCUUCCAACUCCGCGCCAAGAGAAAGAACUGGGCAUGACAGUUUUUUCGUACAAAGAAUGUACAUAAAGCAACCCUGGCAUGAAAACAAGCAAAUAGUAUGCUGUAUAUGAAUUUAGUUUACUUCUUGUGAAUAUUUCUGUAUAGACAUUCACUAUGUUCAGUCUCAUGGAUCAACUCAUGCCACUAUAUGAACAGUUCCUUGCUACAAACACCAUAUCAUUCAAAGUAUGAAGUUAUAUGUCAUUGUCUUUUGAUUC